GUUCUGUCCCUUCUAUUGACAGCCCCCUCAAAGGAGUGUGAGGAGGAGGUGGCUUAAGGAAGAAGUCGAGAAAUGCCCCCCCUUUCCCCACUUACGUCACAAGCCGUGGCUAUAAAGUGAGGAGCCAGAGCUGGAGCCAGAGAGAGAGAGAGGCAGGUGCUGAGGUUGGGACCAUCAGGGCCAGAGGCAUCGUGAACAGGGCCGGGGCCGCGGCUGAGCCAGCGAUGUUUUACUCAGGGCUCCUGACCGAGGGGGGCCGCAAGGAAGCCGAUAUGCGGGAGGCAGCGUCUCUGCGGCAGCAGCGCCGGAUGAAGCAGGCUGUGCAGUUCAUCCACAAGGACUCUGCUGACCUGCUGCCCCUGGACGGCCUCAAGAAGCUGGGCUCCUCCAAGGACACGCAACCCCACAAUAUCCUGCAGAGGCGCCUCAUGGAGACCAACCUCUCCAAGCUCCGCAACAGCCGGGUCCCUUGGGCCCCCAAGACCAACAGAUUCAAUCAGGCCAAGUCUGAGGGGCUGAAGAAGGCUGAGGAAGGGGACAUGAUCCUGGUGUCCUGCCAGUGCGCUGGAAAGGACUUGAAAGCCUUGGUUGACACUGGCUGUCAACAUAAUCUCAUCUCCUCUGCCUGUGUGGACAGACUAGGGCUAAAGGACCAUGUUAAGUCCCACAAACACGAUGGGGAAAAGCUCUCCCUGCCCCGGCAUCUCAAAGUGGUAGGCCAGAUAGAACACCUUGCACUUACAUUGGGAUCCCUACGCCUGGACUGCCCAGCAGCUGUGAUAGAGGACAAUGAGAAAAAUCUGACUCUUGGACUCCAGACUCUUCGAUCCUUGAAGUGUAUCAUAAACCUGGACAAGCAGCGUCUCAUCAUGGGAAAGGUAGAGAAGGAAGAGAUCCCCUUUGUGGAAACUGUGUCUGGGAGUGAAGAUAACACGUCAGAGGCAUAACUAAAGAGUGAGAUGUGUGCGUGAGUGAACACACACUCACCCAGGCCCAUACACAUACAAGCCACAUACACCCCCAAGCUAACAGCUCAGGAAAGCUGUCAGGCUUGGCCCAGAUGCCAAACAGGUCCCUGUUGCCUGGACCACAUCCUUCCCUCUGUGGGAGGCUCCAUCAGUUCCUUCCCCUCUGGGCCUCUCUCAACUGUAGCCUGUGCUUAGAGAUCCUGUCCGGUUUUACCUAUGGUUUUUAUACGUCUGAUCAUGUGUUCAAUGGACCUUUGACACUGCCCUGACCUAGUCGCUGGAGUGUGUCCCCCCAGCUCACUCUUUUUCUAGGAAUUCGCUUUCUUUAGCCAUGUAUUGGGGCUACCAGGGGUUGUCCCAUAUUAGAGCCUUGUUUUCCAGUGAACAAAUAUGUAAUCAGCAGGAAAAAGAUACCGACUCCUUGGCUCCAUCACAGAAAGCCGUAGAUUCAUCGAGGUUUUUAUUCACUCAGCACAUAGGAUUUAGAUCUGGAAACAGCCUUAGACACCAUCUCAUCCAACCCACUCCCUUUAUAGAUAAGGAAACCAAGGCUUAGAAUUUAGUGACCUGCUCAGAGUUACAUAUCAAGGGAGUGGAAGAGACCCCAGGUCUCCUGCCUCCUACUGUGACCCAAUUUCUCACUCAAAAAUUCUGUUUCUUCCGUGAAAGGAGUUGUGAGGUUAGAGUGAUAGGGCUGGUGAGACAGCAAGAGGAAUCAAAAAGGAAGAAGGCAGGAAGUGCAGGAGGCAUGGGACCAGGAUGGGGGAGGCCUGCCAUGAGGAGUCGGUGGGUGCUUCGGGAAUAUGUCUAGAAUGCUAACAUCACUCACUCCUUUUGGGUAAAGAAUGAAGGAUUCUGGUUAAAAGGAGAACAGAUAGGUUUUCUGAGGACUAUUUUCCGGUAUUAAUCCUGUAAUCAAUUUUUAUGAGAUGGACUCAGUCAGCUAGCUAAGUCUUGAGGGGAACAACAUAAGACAUAGAGGGUGAAGGGACAGGGAAAGUGAAGUCAAGGGGGUAGUUUAAGACUCAGGUAUGUGGGUGGACUCAUGUUGGUUUCUGGGAUGGGGAUGUCCAGGGAUACAGAAGGUGGGGAGGGAAGGACCCUGCAGAGCAGGCAAAGGAAUAUGGGAAUAGGAGCCAAGGGACCUGGGUUUACAUCUAUCUGCAUCACUAACUUGUGUGACCUUUGACAAGUCACUUCCACUGUUUCCUCAUCUGGAAAAUAAGAGGGUUGGACUGGAUAAAUCCCAUCCAGCUCUGACAUUCUGCAGGGAGCUGGUGAGACGGUGAGAGUUUGCUACUCACCUUUUGUGUUGGAGUAUGAGAGUAGGUAUUUACACUAUAAUUCUGCCAUGUUGUAAACCAAUUAGAAGUAAGACAAUCCUGAUUCUAUUGGAAUUCCCAUAAGAAAUUCCACAGAUCUAUGAUCAUUCUUUCUUUCUUUUUUUUUUUUUUUUUUUUGGUGAGGCAAUUGGGGUUAAGUGAAUUGCCCGAGAUCACACAGCUAGUAAGUGUAAAGUGUCUGAGGCCAGAUUUGAACUCAGGUCCUCCUGAAUUCAGGGCCAGUGCUCUAUCCACUGUACCACCUAGCUGCCCUAUGAUCAUUAUUUAGCAGAGAUUCACAAGUCUUUUAUUCAUUCACUGUCAGUGUCCCCACACCUCACAGUAGAUGGUAAAAUAUGGGACAAAAUAGAGAGGAAGAUAAUUCAUCCUGUCCAUCUACCCACUUAGUUCUCAACAGAACUCACAGUAUGAGCCUCCAAGAUACCUCUGAGCUCUUUGACACACCCAACUGGGACUCCUGGGAACAGUCCUGUGGCCACACUGUCACUGUCUUGCUUCACAGGUUUGUUCACAAGAUACCUCCCUCCCAGCCUCUGCCCAGGCAGCCAAAGGGAAGGCAUGUAUGCAAUCCAAGCAAAUAGUCUGGGCAACAACAGUGAGCUCUGUGGGGUUCUGGAACCUCCUGUUUUCCCACUGUGACUAUUCCACUCCUGCCCUACUCUCAUGCCUCUCUUGUGCCUCUCUCCACUUCAGUCUAGGUUCUCUUCAAGUCUCCUACCUCUCUCUGUACCCCCUCAUCUCCCUUCUCUGGCCCUGCCCUGUCUUCACCUCUCAGAAAUGGAUUCAUUCCUGAUCACCAGGGCACAUACCAUACCUGCUCCUGAUACCUAGAAUAAGCUGAAUAUGCUCCCAUCCCUUAUUAUAAUGCCCAGCCACCCAUCAAGGCUCCUCACAAAAUCUGAAUAUACCCCACUGUCAAGCUAAUGCCAUGAUGUAUCAGCCUGUCUUCCCCAUGUUUGAAGACAAUGGCACUGGGGACCAAGAAAAGCUAAGGAAUCUUCUUCUCUGAUGACUAUCUAAAGAGUAGGGAAAACCCAUGUUCUUUGACUUCUUAAAGGUAAGACUCCAGGAACAGGGAAUGGAUUAGGUGACCUUUGGAGAGUCUCCCAGUGCCUAAGGGUUUCCAGGUUUAGAAGAGAAAAUGAUUGGAUGGACUAAGCUGUGACAUCACUGCCUCACCCAAUGUGCUUCUUGGUCAAGCCUAAAUUGAAUUCCAGAACCAAAUAAUUAAGACUCCAAGCAAGCCAUGCUUGACAAAGGCAUCUUGGGAAUGUUUCAAGUCCCAUGCAGGGGGAUUCAAGGGUCUCAUUAGCUUUCUUUAAACGUCUCCAUAUUUGUUAACUGGAAAACCUCCUCUGUGGUCACUUGUGAGGGUUGGGAUGACAAGCUUUCUGUGGGGUUGAAUCAGUCAUACUGGGCAUCAGAUUCAUGCCUGGCAAGAGGGCCACAGUGGGUUUCACUUUAUGUAACUGGAGCCCAUGUUUAAUAGGAGUUUGGUUUCUGACAAGAAGCUUAAAAAUACGUUUUUAGAACUUAGUAUUUCUAUGCCUAAUGCAUUUGAGGAAUGGGUAUUUUCUGAUGUUUUCUAUUUCUCUGCCUUUAGUCCUUCCCAUAGACAUUUCUGGUCUCUUAGCUCCCAGUCUCCUCAGUAUGGAUCACUUGGCAACAGCCUUUCCUUCUCUAGGUGAAAUAGCUUUCUAGGCUCAGAGCGCUGAGAGGCGGGAUGAUGUCCAUCCCUGCCUUCACCUUUGGACCCCCUCUUUGGCACUUUCUUCUUGCACUGUUUCUGGCUGUGUCUGGUUUGUCUGUGAGACUAAUGUACCAAUAAAGUGAAAUCUCAUCUCAA